UGGGGUCAGCUUGAGUGUGGAUUUUUCCCCCCCUUAUUGGUCACCCACCAGAGAGUGAAUCUAAUUGUUUUACGCUGACUGAUCCCGUGUAACGCCUGGGACCCGGAGUGCUCCUGUUUUCUGGGAUCUGCGUGUUCCUUGCGGUGGCGCUCUCUCACCAGCCAGCUCUUGACACUUGGGUGAUUUGGUGCUGCCGGCGAAAGGCUCGCUGAGCACAGAUUUUUUUGUGUGUGUGUACGAAAGCAUCUCCAUGCCCGUCUCCCUUACACCCAGAAUGCAUUGGCGGGUAGCAGAGUACUGAGACAGGUAACAUGGAGAUUGGUACCUUGGGCUGACAAUUCGGGGUGGAGUGAGCGCCGUUUAUUUGCAGCCCAGCCCGUAGAGUUGUUACCGCAGCCGACGCUCCCUUUCCCUGCCGGGUUACGGGGGCUUCCGGAGACGGCGCUGGAGCCUCGGAGACGCAGCGCAGGAGAAUGGCAGCAUCCGAGCUCUUCACCAAGUUCGCCAGGGUGUGGAUCCCUGAUUCAGUGGAUGUCUGGAAAUCUGCAGAGCUGCUCAAAGACUACAAACCAGGAGACACAGUGCUUCAUCUGAAAUCUGAGGAUGAUCAGGAAACUCAAUAUAGAAUUGAUCCAAAAACUCAGGAGCUUCCACCUCUACGGAACCCUGAUAUACUCGUGGGUGAAAAUGACCUCACAGCACUCAGUUAUCUCCACGAGCCUGCAGUUCUGCACAACCUCAAAGUGCGCUUCAUGGAUUCCAAACUCAUCUACACAUAUUGUGGUAUUGUUUUGGUGGCCAUCAAUCCAUAUGAGCAGCUGCCUAUCUAUGGGGAAGAUAUCAUCAAUGCCUACAGUGGGCAGAACAUGGGAGACAUGGACCCUCAUAUCUUUGCUGUGGCUGAGGAGGCGUACAAGCAGAUGGCCAGGGACGAACGGAAUCAGUCCAUCAUCGUAAGUGGAGAGUCCGGAGCUGGGAAAACCGUCUCGGCUAAAUACGCCAUGCGAUACUUUGCGACGGUCAGUGGUUCUGCCAGUGAGGCCAAUGUGGAAGAGAAGGUCCUGGCCUCUAACCCCAUCAUGGAGUCAAUCGGAAAUGCAAAGACGACCAGAAACGAUAACAGCAGUCGAUUUGGGAAAUACAUCGAAAUUGGGUUUGACAAGAAGUAUCGCAUCACAGGGGCUAACAUGAGAACCUACCUGUUAGAAAAGUCGAGAGUUGUUUUUCAGGCAGAGGACGAAAGGAAUUACCACAUUCUCUACCAGCUGUGUGCUUCUAAACAUCUGCCGGAAUUUAAGGAGCUCCGACUGAGCCAUGCCCAGAACUUCAACUACACUAAUCUUGGAGGCAGUCCUGUGAUUGAGGGAAUAGAUGAUGCAAAAGAAAUGAUGAAUACAAGGCAGGCAUGCACCUUGCUAGGUAUUAAUGAAUCCUACCAGAUGGGAAUUUUCCACAUUCUUGCAGCUAUUCUUCACUUGGGAAAUGUGACAAUCAAAGCGAAUGAUCGUGAUGCGGAAAACUGCUUUAUCCCUCCUAACAUGGAACAUCUGAUCAUCUUCUGUGAUCUGCUGGGUGUGGACUAUGAACAGAUGGCUCACUGGCUGUGCCAUAGAAAGAUCAUCACAGGGUCGGAGACUUAUAUCAAGCCCAUGCCCAAAUUUCAGGCCCUCAAUGCCAGGGAUGCUCUGGCAAAGCAUAUCUACGCCAGCCUCUUCAACUGGAUCGUUCACCAUGUCAACAGAGCCCUUCGUGCUUCAGUAAAGCAGCAUUCGUUCAUCGGUGUGUUGGAUAUAUAUGGGUUUGAGACUUUUGAAAUAAAUAGUUUUGAACAAUUUUGCAUCAAUUAUGCAAAUGAAAAAUUACAGCAGCAGUUUAAUAUGCAUGUGUUCAAGUUGGAGCAGGAAGAGUACAUGAAGGAACAGAUUCCUUGGACGUUAAUAGAUUUUUAUGACAAUCAGCCUUGCAUUAACCUAAUUGAAGCUAAACUUGGCAUUCUCGACCUAUUGGAUGAAGAGUGCAAGAUGCCCAAAGGAUCUGAUGACACCUGGGCUCAGAAGCUGUAUAACACUCACUUAAACAAGAGUGCACUGUUUCAUAAGCCGCGCAUGUCAAACAGAGCCUUCAUCAUCCAGCACUUCGCUGACCAGGUUGAGUACCAGUGCGAGGGAUUUUUGGAAAAGAACAAAGACACUGUGUAUGAAGAACAGAUUACAGUGCUGAAGGCCAGCAAGUUAAGUCUGCUUGCUGAGCUAUUCCAAGAGGAGAAGCAGGUCAGUAGCCCAACUGAGGGACGGCCCCCAGUUGCCAGGGCAACUGUGAAAUCCGCCAAGCCGAGAGCACUGCAGCCGAGCAAAGAGCACAAGAAAUCAGUAGGGCAUCAGUUCCGCAACUCCCUUCAUCUCCUGAUGGAGACCCUCAACGCUACAACACCUCACUAUGUGCGCUGCAUUAAACCCAAUGACGACAAAUUUGCUUUCACGUUUGAUCCAAAACGAGCAGUGCAACAGCUUCGAGCCUGUGGUGUGCUGGAAACCAUCAGGAUAAGUGCUGCAGGGUUCCCAUCAAGAUGGACCUAUCAAGAAUUCUUCAAUCGUUAUCGUGUCCUGAUGAAGCAAAAAGAUGUUCUCAGUGACAAAAAACUGACGUGCAAAAAUGUCCUAGAGAAGUUAAUAAAGGACCAGGACAAGUAUCAGUUUGGUAAAACAAAGAUUUUCUUUCGCGCUGGGCAAGUGGCCUACCUGGAGAAGCUCCGAGCUGACAAGCUCCGUGUAGCCUGUAUCAGGAUCCAGAAGACGAUUCGGAGCUGGUUGCAGCGGAAGAAGUAUCUGCGUAUGCGAUCGGCGGCAAUUACGAUCCAGCGAUAUGUGCGGGGCUACCAGGCCAGAUGCUAUGCUCAAUUCCUCCGCAGGACCCGGGCAGCAGUCCUCAUCCAAAAGUACCAGCGUAUGUAUGCUGCUCGGCAGAAGUUCCUACGUAUCCGGUCAGCAACCAUUGUUAUCCAGUCUUUUGUACGAGGCUUCCGGGGAAGGCAACAAUACAAGGCUAUCCUCCGGGAACAAAAAGCCAUCAUUCUUCAGAAGCACCUGCGGGGCUGGAUAGCAAGGCGCAAGUACAGCAGGACGCACCACGCCAUCGUCUACUUGCAGUGUUGUUAUCGCCGCAUGAUGGCAAAACGCGAGCUUAAGAAGCUGAAGAUUGAAGCUCGCUCUGUGGAACACUACAAGACCCUCAAUAUUGGCAUGGAGAACAAGAUCGUGCAGCUGCAGUGCAAAGUCAAUGACCAGACUAAAGAGAUGAAAUCGCUGCUGGAGAAGCUGGUGAGUUUGGAGACUACGUACACCAACGAGACAGAGAAGUUGCGGGCUGAGGUCGAUCGGCUGCGUAUAAACGAAGGAAGCAUUAAACUAUCCUCCAACAAGAUUACCUGCUUGAUGGAGGAGAUUGCCAUACUCCGUAAGGAACUUGAGGAAACCCAGGCUCAGAAGAAACGUCUUGAAGAAAGUGCAGAUAAAUACAAAGAGGAAACUGAUCUGGUGGUGUUCCAGCUUAAAGAGCAGAAUGCUUUGCUGAAGAAUGAGAAAGAAGACCUGAAUCGCCGAAUCCAGGAGCAGGCGAAAGAGAUAACAGAAUCAAUGGAGAGAAAGAACGAAGAAGAGACCAAACAACUUCAAAUUGACCUUAAUGAUGAACGAUCUAGGUAUCAGUCUUUGCUUAACGAGUUCUGCAGACUGGAGGAGCGUUAUGAUAACCUGAAAGAAGAAAUGUCUUUAGUUAGCAUAACGAAACCUGGUCACAGAAGGACCGACUCGACCCACAGCAGCAAUGAAUCGGAAUACACCUACAACUCCCUGCUUUCCUCGGAGCCCGGAGAAUCGGAGGAUGUGACGAGAAGGACGGAGGAAUUUCCAGAACAGAAAGGAGCUUUGGAUAUGUCCCUGUUCCUGAAACUACAGAAGCGUGUGACCGAGUUGGAGCAAGAGAAACAGGCCUUGCAGGAAGAACUGGACGGAAAGGAGGAGCAGGCACUCCGAAGCAAAAAGGAAGCAGAAGAACAGCAGCUUAAAGCCAGGGGCGCUGAACUAGAAUAUGAAUCUCUGAAGAGGCAAGAACUGGAGUCAGAGAAUAAGAAACUGAAGAAUGAACUGAACGAGUUGCACAGAGCCCUGACGGACAAGGGUACCCCUCAGGCCACUGCCCCUGGUUCUCCUGCCUACAAAGUCCUACUUGACCACCUGAAUGCAGCAACUGAAGAGCUGGAGGUUCGUAAGGAGGAAGUUCUCAUACUGCGAUCCCAACUGGUCAGCCAGAAGGAAGCCAUGGCUUGCAAGGAGACGAUGACGGAGCCAAUGGUUCUCUUGGAGGAUGUGCGGAAAAUGAAGGAUCAAGGAGAAAUAACCCAAGCAUUCCUCGGACUCAAGGAAACCAACAGGCUGCUGGAAUCUCAGCUUCAAGGCCAGAAAAAGGUUUAUGAGAAUGAGUUGGAGAUUUUGCGUGGGGAGGUGCAGAAUCUGAAAGAGGAGAUAAAUCGUCAGCAGCAACUAUUGGCUCAGAACUUGCAGCUGCCACCGGAGGCUCGGAUUGAGGCAAGCCUGCAACAUGAAAUUACCAGACUAACCAAUGAGAAUCUCGAUCUUAUGGAACAGCUGGAGAAGCAGGACAAGACUGUCCGGAAGCUGAAAAAGCAGCUUAAAGUAUUUGCAAAGAAAAUUGGUGAACUGGAAGUGGGCCAGACUGAGAACGUGUCUCCAGCUCAGCUCACAGAUGAACCCAUCCGUCCUGUGAAUAUUCCAAGGAAAGAAAAAGAUUUCCAGGGAAUGUUGGAGUACAAAAAGGAUGACGAGCUGAAGCUUAUUAAGAAUCUCAUUCUAGAACUAAAGCCUCGUGGUGUGGCUGUCAACUUGAUUCCUGGACUGCCAGCUUACAUCUUGUUUAUGUGUGUACGCCAUGCUGAUUACAUCAAUGAUGACCAAAGAGUGCGAUCUUUGCUCACGUCAACUAUUAAUGGCAUCAAGAAGAUCCUGAAGAAACGAAGUGAUGACUUUGAAAUUGUGUCAUUCUGGUUGUCCAACACUUGUCGUUUCUUGCACUGUCUGAAGCAAUACAGUGGCGAAGAGGCAUUCAUGAAGCACAAUACUCCUCGACAGAAUGAUCAUUGCUUGAGGAAUUUUGACCUUGCUGAGUACCGGCAGGUCAUUAGUGAUCUAGCAAUUCAGAUAUAUCAACAGCUCACCAAGGUGAUGGAGAACGUUCUGCAGCCAAUGAUUGUUUCAGGUAUGUUGGAACAUGAGACUAUUCAGGGGGUAUCUGGGCUGAAGCCCACAGGUCUCCGUAAGAGGACUUCCAGUGUGGCAGAUGAAGGAACAUAUACUCUCGAUUCCAUAGUUCGUCAGCUAAAUAACUUCCAUUCCACUAUGUGCCAGCAUGGCAUGGACCCUGAGCUCAUCAAGCAAAUCGUCAAGCAGAUGUUCUACAUCAUUGGGUCUGUCACCCUGAAUAACCUGCUUCUUCGCAAGGAUAUGUGUUCUUGGAGCAAGGGAAUGCAAAUCAGGUACAAUGUGAGUCAACUCGAGGAGUGGCUGAGGGACAAGAACCUGCAGACUAGUGGUGCUAAGGAAACCCUGGAGCCUUUAAUUCAGGCAGCACAGCUACUGCAGGUGAAAAAGAAGACCGAUGAAGAUGCGGAAGCCAUUUGUUCAAUGUGCAGUGCCCUAACUACUGCCCAGAUUGUUAAAGUCUUAAAUUUAUACACUCCUGUUAAUGAAUUUGAAGAGCGUGUAACUGCCUCAUUCAUACGUACUAUUCAGGUACGUUUACAAAACCGAAAAGACUCUCCACAGUUGCUAAUGGAUGCAAAACACAUAUUCCCUGUUACGUUCCCUUUCAAUCCAUCAUCUUUAGCACUCGAAAGCAUUCAGAUUCCAAGCAGCAUGAACCUUGGAUUCCUGUUACGUGUCUGAGGAACAGUUAAGCAAGAUAAUGAUCAUAUCCAUUCAUGACAUACAGCUAGAGCAGUGUUGAAGUAUCUGCCUUUUAAAGGAAUGUACAUUGAAAGUAAAUGCCGAACAUCUUCAUGCAGUACCAAUAAAUAUCCUGUGAUGACUGCCACUGUGCAGUUCCAGUGAAUAUUCUUUGAAUUUAGCAACUGUAAAUUAGGGUUGUGUCAUACUUUAAUUGUUAGACAUCAAACUAAGGGGAAUACAACUGCCUGAUAUAGCAUCAUUUUGUCUGAUAACUAUUAUUUAAGGUCAAUAUACAAAUGAUCUAGAGUACAAAGCUCUGUUAGAAUAUAAUCUAGAGAUUAUAUUGUUGGUGUUUUACUUAGCACAUGAUGAUAGUAACCCUGUCCGGUGUCCUCUGAAUAUGCUGAUCUGCACUCAUUUAACACCACAUUGUGUAACGUUAAGACGUAAUUAAAAAUAUUUCGCGUCGAUGUUACGACUUUUUCAAACCCAUUUUAAACUGAUUUAUGCAGGUAUCUUAGUUAUCAUUUUUAAGUUCCAAUUCUGACAAAGCACAAAAGCACUCAAAAGGGCAAAAUAUCAAAUUCUCAGAUGGAUAUUUGGCAGCGAGUUAAAAAUAUAGCAGGUUGAACAAAACAUUUUUCAGUAUUUGACACAUUACCUUUUGGCCUUUUAAAUACGCCCUUGUUGGAAUAUCUUAAGACUUUACAAUACAGGAAAUACUCUUUCAUUUGUUUGUUACUGUGUAUAUUAGGGUAAAAGAUGACAAUUGUAAAAGCAGAGUAGAAGUAUUUUUUCCAGUAUUUUCAGUGCAGUAUUUAGUGACCUUGGGGUCAGGUUACAUUCAAGUUGCAGUGGUUAAGAUGCAGGCAUCACCCUUACAGGAUGGCUAUCAUUCCAGUCUCCCAAAGUUCCAGAUGUUGUAGUGUAGAAUCAAUGCUGAAUGUUCUUAAAAUUGGAAUGUCUUAUUUUAAGGACAAUAGGUACUCUGAUUAGAAAUUUGAUUUAAAAUGUCACUUCGUGGUGGUCAAAAUUUAUAUACUUGUUCUACCCAUCGUUGUUUACAUAUUUUAAGUUAUUUACUUCAUUAACUUAGCAGCCAAUUUCAGAAACCUGAUUUCAGGACAAUGGUUUACAUAUCUAAAUGGUGUAUUAUAUGUGCCUAUUUAUAGUCCUACUAGAAUACCCAAUAUUUAAUUGAAAGAUGUAUGGUAUUUCUAAGUCCCAUAGGGUAAAAGUUAAUGUAGUACUCUGUAAAUCUACGGAGUGAUUUAUGUAGUCCACCGAUGUUACCCAAAACAAAUUAGGCAAAACACUGAUAGAAAACAUUACUGAAUGUUUGAUAUACUCAUUACAUGUUUUGGGUUUUGCAGUUGUGUACGUUUCAGUCUUAAUGUCUUAAAGUACAAAGUUCCCCAGAGCCUUGCCUUUCCCUCUAUCAAAUCUUUCCUUAAUUCACCCAAAAUUAUUUUUUAAAAUAAGCAUAAUAGGCUUUGGUCAAUCAAAAAAAAGGCUUUUUGUUAAGGGAGCAAACGCUGCAGACAGAAAGGGUUUAUGUUUUAAAGAAAGAUUGUUUAGGAAAUCAGUAUAUUCCAAGUUACUGGCUGUCACUCAUCAAUUCUGUAACUUUCCAUCAACAGUAAUUUAUUUUGGGCCAUUUACACAAAUUCUGGGUUAAGUGAACCUUUUGAAUUUAGCAAAUGGACAACAAAUAAUAAUUACUUAAUUGUUGCUGAACAAAAUAUGAAGGCAAUCUUCCUUUGAAAUAUCAGUUAUGCACUUUAGUUUUACCCCAUAUAUAGUUUCAUGUUUCCUGCUUUAUAUUGCAUUUUACUUUUUUGUAUCAUAAAAUGCAAGUACGUUACUAGUGAUUAGUGUUAAGAAACUGGAGAUACUUAAAUUAUCAACAGUGGUCAGCUGAAAACACAAUUGUUGCUAUAGUAUGUUGAUGACUGAUGUUGACCCUGGAAAACUAUUGUGCUUAACCAGGUAGCAAACAAUGAGUAUGAUAUUGAUGUACAGAAAAAUUCUGAAAACACUGUAGUGUUUCCUGUUUGUUGCAAUUAGUAACUGUGUGCAUUAUGGCAAAUGUAUAUUGACUUAGGAAAUAAAGUAAUGUCCAACUUGUAAAAAUAAAAAUUUCAACACUAUGAA